UGAUAUAGAAACCCAGAAAAGUCCCAAUGGACCAAUCUAUCUAGCUGAAUCUAGCUGAAAAACAUACACAUAUGUAUGAGAAGCUUUUCUUUCACUCUUACUUUUUUUUCUUUUUUUCUACUGUAUCCAAAAGGAGGACCCCCAACAUGUGACAUCACCAGAAACCUGAAACUGUCGCUCAUAGCAGCCCUCCCUUCUCUCUACUUGCUCCAACAUUUGCUUUCCUCUUUCCUCUUCUCCACCACCACUUCUCCCCAAGACAGGCUGUUCUUCUGGCCUCCACAGAAAACUCAAGCCCAACUAACAAAGGCUUCCAAGCUGAAACUUUACCUCCUCAAACCAGGAUUCCAUCCCAGUUAGGUUCUACCACUGCAGGAGUCUGCCACUGGAGCCACCUGGGUCAGAGUCUCUAGAUUCUCCAUUUAAAUCUACCUGAAGCCAUUACGACCAACAGAACCUGUCACAAGGAUGGAGCUGCAGAAGUUUCCGAACAGUAAUCACCACCAUGAUGCCCCCGUGUCUGUGGAGGCAGGAAUUCCAUCGGAGAAGACAAACUUCCUGCAACUAAAGGGUGAUGAACCAAAGAGAGCUCAGUUUACAGACUUUGAAGGUAAAACAUCAUUUGGCAUGUCUGUUUUCAACCUAAGCAACGCCAUCAUGGGCAGCGGCAUCCUGGGUCUGUCCUAUGCCAUGUCAAACACAGGCAUCGUCCUUUUCCUGAUCCUGUUGAUGUGCAUCGCUUUUCUUUCCUGUUAUUCCAUUCAUCUUUUACUAUGCAGUGCUGGAGUUGUGGGUAUUCGUGCCUAUGAGCAGCUCGGUGUCAGAGCGUUUGGUCAUCCAGGGAAAAUCAUGGCAGCUCUCAUUAUAACUUUACAUAAUAUUGGAGCCAUGUCCAGUUACCUAUUCAUUGUAAAAUAUGAGCUACCACUGGUUAUUCAAGCUUUUCUGGAUGAGGCAUCCAGCCUCGACAACUGGUACAUGAAUGGAAAUUACCUCAUCAUCAUAGUCACUGUCUGCAUCAUCCUACCGCUCGCCUUGAUGAAACACCUGGGUUACCUUGGCUACACCAGUGGAUUCUCUCUGACCUGCAUGCUCUUCUUUCUCAUAGCGGUCAUCUACAAAAAAUUCAACAUCGCCUGUCCUCUGGAAGUGUUUGGUAACUUCUCUGAGACUUCAACCACUGCAGACGAAACAUGCACUCCCAAAUAUGUCACUAUCAACCAGGAGACAGCCUAUACCAUCCCCAUCCUGGCAUUUGCUUUUGUGUGUCAUCCUGAAGUGCUUCCCAUUUAUACUGAACUGAGCAACCCAACCAAGAGAAGAAUGCAGAACAUUGGCAAUGUUUCCAUUCUGGGGAUGUUCACCAUGUACUUCUUCACUGCCAUAUUUGGAUACCUGACCUUCUACGACAACACUGAAGCAGAGCUGCUGCACACCUACAGUAAAGUGGACCUUCUGGACACACUCAUCCUGUGUGUGAGACUGGCUGUUCUAGUGGCUGUCACUCUGACUGUACCCGUGGUUCUGUUUCCUAUCCGUCGUGCCCUUCUGCAGCUGCUGUUUCCAGAGAAACCCUUCCACUGGAUUCGUCACACUGCCAUAGCAGUGUGUCUGCUGUUCGCUGUCAACCUGCUGGUCAUCUUCGUUCCAAAUAUUCGAGACAUCUUUGGCAUCAUUGGUGCAACCACUGCUCCCAGUCUGAUCUUCAUCCUUCCUGGACUAUUUUACAUUCGCAUCAUCCCCACUGACCAGGAGCCAAUGAAGUCCAGACCAAAGAUUCAGGCGGCAUGUUUCACAGCAUUAGGUUUCAUCUUCAUGACCAUGAGUCUGACCUUCAUCGGAAUCGACUGGACAAGUGGAGAAAAGCGAAAUCUUGGUGGACAUUAGUUCAAACCCUGCGGCACUUAAGUAAACUCAAGAAGCUGCUGCCCUUCCUCACCCGUACUCAACAGAGCAGGACUAAAACCAACGGCAAGAGGUUCUGGGAUCUUUUUUUAUUAAUCAAUGAUCAGUUGACUUCAGUGGUGUUGAGAUGUAACCAACCCAGGUUAAUAAACCGUUCACACCAUCAAGGGUUAACCAUAACAGGCUGAAUCCUACAAGGGUCAAUUUUUACAACCGUCGCUGCAAAGCUUCGUACUGGACCUAGCUUUGCCCAUUAUUAUCUUCAAGGAAAAGCCUAAGUGUGUCCGCACCCUGUGGAAGUAAUGGCAUUACUCCAGCUGAGCAUUCAGCGUUUUAGCACUAGAACUACUUAUAAUAUUUGCUCAAGGAGCUAAAAAGCAACAAAACAAAAUCCAAUAAUUGGAUAUUUGCUAAGGAGGAGCAAACAGGCACAGAGGCAUUAAAUGUCAGCAGACCAAAAAAAAUUAUAAAGUAUUUAAAGUGUAUGCAUUAAGAAAUACAGGAUUAUGUCAUUAUGCCCACACAUUUUUUUCUGAAUAUAUUUUUCCCCAUUACCCAUUUUUGCCAAACCUUAUUAGUGACUCGGUGUAAAUCCCUUAAAAACAUAUUUUUACAUCAGUGUAAAUGUGUGUCUUAAAGUGCAAUGUUAUUAUUAAACUGGCCAAAUACCUCAGAUGUGAUGGGUUAGUAUAACUCACAGAAUUUAAGUAGACAUUAAUUGUUGAUCAAUUUAAACUAAACAUUUCUUUUUGAAAAAUACUGCAAAACUAGCUUUCAACUUGAUGGAAAUUUGACUGAUGUAAAUCUUUGCAAAAACAUAAUGUGAUUCUUUUUUAAUUCAUGCUACAGGAGUCAUCAAAACCGUCUGUUUCUAAAGCAAAUUCAUAAAAGUUGCAAACGCAUCAACCUUGACAAUGCAGACAUGAACAUUUAAAUUUGAAAAUAAAUUCAAAGUUUACCUGGA